AGUCUCAAAGUGUUCGAAUUUACGUAAUUCGUGGGAUGAUUUUCGUUCGCAAAAUUUUUAAUUCAAUUUACUGUGUUAAAGUGAAACUACAUUUUUCGGAGGUCAUCAACACUGAACAUAUCUAGUUUGUGAGAAGAAAGUUUUUUUAAAAGGUUAUGCCGAUUCAAUUCGAUGUCAUCUUGUGACUCAAUUGUGACAGAAUAAGUAGUGUCAAAGGCUCUCUGUCAAAGGUGUCAAAGGUAGAGAGCCUUUUUGGUAGUGUUCUAGAAAUUGACAUAUUUUAGGGUGACACACGUUUUGAACAUAUCUCCCAAUUGCAAUCACUGAACUCCUUCAAAAUGCCUAAAUGAAAUGGAGUAUCCAAAUAAAAUUCCAAUGUCAGGCAGUUUCGGUGGCCGAACGAAACGGUCUAAUCACGGGAAGUGGAACGAAGCGAAGCACGUCGGAGUAAAAAUCCUUAUUGUCACAGCUGUCUUUACAGUCGUCGGAUUAAUUAUUUUAUCGGAAAUUCUAAUGAAUGAUGAACAAAGCAAAAUAUCGAAGAAUGGCGGAGUGAUACAAGCGAUGCCAUGGGGUCAACUGCUACCACCAAGCAUUGAACGUACACUGCCGCCAUAUCCAGAUAAAGAACCAGCGACCGAUGGAUCAUGGAAGUUUGUUAACGGCACUAAGUUUAAGUUUUUUGUAUUUUCCGCUUUCUACGAUCGUCGUGGCGGAAAUAGAUUAAUUAGAGUAAUUGGUGCUACAAAGACUAGAGGUACCGAAAAGGUUUGGUGCCGCUUAUGGUAUCCAGUCGGACCGAAUAACUCAACUUUUGAAUCGACGUCUGUGAUGGCUAGAGUUCAGAUAAUCAGAGAGAAUUGGGAUCUCAAGUACAGUGCGUGUUUUGUACUAUGUCCACUUCAAGCACCCGGUCUUGAGGUACCAUACGCUGUCAGCAUUGUCAGCAAAAUUCGUUCACCACCGGGAAAUGUUUUGCUGUUACGCAACACCGAUCAAGAUUCUCAACUACAAAAUCGUGCCAACAUCAAUCAAAUACCCGACCAGAUUGGCGUCUGCAUCAAACCAUUCCAUUAUGAUUAUGAUUCGGCCUUACAUUUAUUGGAAUUUCUCGAACUGUAUUCGUUGCUUGGUGUCUCCCAUUUCACAUUCUAUAAUCAUACUUUAGGACCGGACGCUGCUUGUGUUCUGCGCCAUUACAUUGACGAAGGUUUGGCUAACAUUGAUACAUUAGAUGGAACUGGUCAGCGUCCAACUGUUUCUAUGCUACAGUGGGACUUGAAAAUGCAAUCGCAAAAAGAAAUUCGAACGGAAGGUCUGUUUGCGGCAUUUAACGACUGCUUAUAUCGAAGCAUGUACAGAUUUCAGUACGUGGUCUUCGUUGACGUAGAUGAAUUUAUUGUACCUCGACGGAACGAUACGUUGAAGGAUUUGUUGAAAUGGCUGUCUCUCAAACCGAGCAACAUAAAUGCCGGAGCCUAUUCGUUUCAAAAUGCAUUCUUUUACCUUCAAUUCGCCGACGACAGUCUUACGUACGAAAGGAACGUCAGCAAUGCCGCUCUGCGUAGUGCACUACUAACGCAACGAAAAACUCGAAGACGAUUGAAACUACAUCCGCAUAGAGAACGCUCGAAAUACAUUUGUAAACCGCAAUCGGUUGUAGAAGUUGGAAAUCAUUUUGUUUGGGAGUUUAUGCCGGGGCAAGGUCACUCGAACGUUACACCCGAUAUAGCGAUACUUCAUCAUUACAGAGUCUGUGAAUAUGGCGGAGACGAUUGUGUCAACCAUCCAAGUACUGUCGAUCGAACCGCCCAUAAAUACUCGCAUCGGCUAACCGAUCGAGUGGAAAUGAUGUACAGCAAAUUGAAAACGCCAUGCAAACUUUUAGAUGUGCCGCCAGUACCGACGAAAGCUCCUGAGGAACGGAAAUGAAAUUUUGAAAAUAAAGAAAUUGCAGAAACCGAUCGAAAGCGAAAAAAUCUUAAGUAAUAAACGCUCAACGCUU